CGGAACGGGAAGAACAGCCUGACUCACUUCGAGUGUUAAAAAUAGUGAUUUUUACGGAACGGAAUAUUGGUAAUAUUGUGCAUUCACUGGAGGUUCGAUCACCGACUGUAGAUAGAGAGCUCCCCGGUCGAGAAUAAUGCAGAACAUAAACGAGCUUCCAGUCGAGAUCUUAACGCGAAUUUUCGAUUUUCUGAGCGUCUCAGAUCGGAAGCAGAUCUCUAGCGUAUGCACUCAGUGGUACAACAUCCUACACUGCGUCCGCUUCCAGCGACAGUACCGGCUGGUGCUUGAUAGCACAUUCGAAGAAGAGUUAUCGGAUUUAGAGAAACGAAUACUUCGUAGCUGUAGGAAUCUGUCCAUAACUCAUUGGGAUGACAUGGACGAUGACGAUUAUGACGAUGAAGAUGAGGAGGGGGAUGAACAUGAGAAGGAGAUGGUCAUUCAGUUCAAAUACUUGUUCAAACCAAGUCCGGAGCAUAACGUGACGGAUUUACUGUUCGAAGAAAAGCUAGAACUUGAAAGCCUUGAACUGAACAGCACAUUUAGCAGCUGUCGGAGCAUCAUCGAGGAUCGGUUAUCACAAAUGGAUCAACUUCGUGAGCUAACAAUUUCAUUCGAUCAGGAACGAAAUCCAAAUGGUCCAGCACUGGACCCUAGCAUAUGGGUAAUCAAGCACAACUGUCUCCAGAAGCUUAGGAUAGGAUUGUCUUAUGAAAUUGAUGCAUUUAGAAUAGAAGCACCUAACUUGACGUGUCUAGAUAUACAACCAAAAUGUCGCUGGAGUAUGGAAAUCGUUGAAACAUAUUGCCGUCAACUUCAAACCCUUAAGCUGCGGUUCCAGAAUGUAGAGUACAUGGAAUCGUUUCUCUCGUUGCCUUUUCCAAGCUUGAGGCAUCUGCACGUUCGAAUGUUUGAUGACAAGGAAACACAGGUUAGAUAUGCACGAAGCCGAAAUCCAAUAUCCGAUGUGGAGAAGGACGAACAGUUUGUUAGAGAUAUCCCAAGACUGAAGAAGCUACUGCUGGAGAGCAACCUGAUGUUCUUCCGGAUAGGAACCUUACUUGCCAAGAGCAAUCAUCAGCUGGAGGAAUUGACAUUGGAAGAACAGCAAAUAGACUACGCACAGUUGAAGGUGGUGGAAUCGUUGCCAAAAUUAAAGAGUUUCACACUUUUUCGCUGCGAAGUACUGAUGCCUUCACCGGUGCUGCCUACACUUAAUAUGCCGCAUCUCGACAAGCUUUCACUGUUCUACAACGAAUCAAGCAUCGUGUUCAAUGAAGGCCUCGCCGGGCUAAAAUCUCUCAAAGUGUCGCUGUGGACGGAAAAAAACAACAAAGUGCUGUACAAAAUUUGCAAAAAUUUGCCCAAUUUGGUAGACUUGGAAGUGCUUGCCAAUACCAAGCUGGUCAACACGUGCCUGCGUCAUCUACAUCGUCUGACGAACCUUCGAUCGUUAAAGUUGGACAACAGCGAGCCGAAUAUCCUGCUCUGGCAGCACUGUCCGGUGGUUCCUUCCAUUAAUCGGGUAGUGUUCUACAACUGCACGCUUACCAGUGAUACCCUUCUACCUAUUGCCAAGAAUUUUCCCAACAUGCGAGAGCUUUUCAUCGACCGAUGCUACUUCAAGCGAUGUGUUGCCGAUAGCAAAAGCGACAGUGACAGCGACGAAGAAGAAUCCGAUAGCGAUAGGAGUAAAAGCGACAAUAAGUACCUCAACGCUGAUCGUGUGCGACAGUUGUUUCCCCUGUGCCGAGUAUCGUGCAAAGAAUCAAAUUUCUAUAAGCACCUUUACCACUAAUUUGGUACACCGUUGAUAAGUAGUAUUAAGCUAAGCUUGUUAAGAG